CCUAGUUGGUUUUUAUUUGAUUCAUGCCCAGGCAGUAGUUGAAAAUUUGAAUAUGGCUACCCUUGUAAGCUGAGAUGCGAAUUCAACGUGACAAGUGGAGAAUAAUUUGGUUUAAAAAUGGAAUGCAUCGUAGCUAACGUGGAGCACAUGAAAUUUGACAUAGAAAUCGCUCUGGACGAACAGUAUGGAGCCCUGCCGUUACCCUUCACGGGGAUGGACAAAUCCAUAGCAGCAGUAUGUCAAUUUUAUCCACGAGGAACCUGCGUCAAGGGAGGGUCUUGCCCAUUUAGACAUGUUAGAGGGGACAGAACCAUUGUGUGUAAACACUGGCUGCGAGGCCUCUGCAAAAAGGGAGACCAGUGCGAGUUCCUUCACGAAUAUGACAUGACUAAGAUGCCCGAAUGCUACUUCUACUCCCGAUUCAAUGCGUGCCACAACAAAGAAUGUCCGUUUCUGCACAUUGAUCCUGAGACAAAAGUUCGGGAUUGCCCUUGGUACGAUCGUGGAUUCUGCAGACAUGGUCCUCUCUGUCGGCAUAGGCAUGUACGAAGGGUUCUAUGUAUGGCGUAUCUCGCCGGGUUUUGCCCAGAAGGACCAAACUGUAAAUUCAUGCAUCCUCGUUUUGAGCUGCCUGCAGUCCAGGAUAUGCAACCAAAGGAAGGAAAGAAAGUGAUGAUAACAUGCCACUUUUGUGGUGAAGGUGGUCACAAAGCAAUCUACUGCAACAAGAUGCCUCCUGAUAUUAGAGAAGCUCAGGCAAGGCAGGAAAUGGAGGGUGGGGGCCAGGGAGCACAUCCUCCACAUCACCACAUCAAUUCACACAGCGGUCCCCCUCCACGAGGACCUCAGAAACCUUUGGAGGAGGUGACAUGUUACAAGUGCGGUACAAAAGGACAUUAUGCAAAUAAAUGUCCGAAGGGACAUUUAGCUUUCCUUAGUCACACUGGAGGGGCAGCGGCAGCUGCCAGCGGUCAAAAUCCAAGCUACAGACGAUGAGUGUUUCGUAAUAUGUUGGAAAUAUGAUUCUUUUAUUCUUUGAAAUCACUUGAAUAUAAUGGUACUUCUGCGUAAUAUAAUAAAAUAAGAAUAAAA